UCUCUGGCUUUAAUCCUUAGGUACUUACGGCUGCUGCUUAAAUCCUAACUUGAAGCUGGAGAGAUGAGGCUGGCCGGGGUCUUGCUUCUCCUGUGUGCCGCGCUGCACUUGUUCGGAUGGAGUUCAGCUUUAAUCGCCGCUGGACGCAAUUCAACGGCACCCAGGCCUGGUCAUUGUCCCAAGCGCUUGACCGUGAUUCCAUCUAAACGGGCAUGCUCUGGGGACUCCGACUGUCCAGCCCGGGACAAGUGCUGCACCUUCAAUUGCGGGGCCGUCUGCGUCCCGGCUGCUUUCACAAAGGCAGGGGUGUGUCCGCGCCGGAAGCGAGGCUCCGGGAUGUGUGCAGAGUUCUGUGUCGAUGACAGCGAUUGUCCCAAAGAUGAGAAGUGCUGCUAUAACGGAUGUGGCCAUGAAUGUGUUACCCCUUACACAGUAAAACCAGGUCGGUGCACCAGCCCCAGUGGGACCCCGAUGUGCGCGGAAUUCUGUUACCACGAUGGCGAGUGUCCGGGCGAGCAGAAGUGCUGCAGAACCACAUGUGGCCACGCCUGUAGCGACCCCUGCUGAUUGACUGGGCGACCUGCUGCCAUUACUUGAACCCGCUUCAUGUCUGUACACUCAUAGCGCUUAUCUGCUUCAUUUGCUGUGAGUUUUCCAUGGUUUUACAUGUAUUUGUACCGGGGUCAAUAAAAUGUCAUGGCUAA